GCCACUGGAAUUUGCGUAAUUUACGAAAAUUGUAAAGCCUGUAAGAACAUCUGGGUUGCCAAGUUGUAAAAAUUCCUUUGGCUGGAGUUUAUCUUUCAGCAUGACAAUUGCGCUGUUCUUUAAUUUAUAAAAUUUAUCCAAAGGACAGUUUUGAACUGUUUUUGUUGAGAUAAGACAAUAGAAAACACUAUGUUUUGGGGAUUUUUUUUAUAGAACAAAUGCAAAAUUCUCAACCCAUUUCAUACAAUAACAAGUAGAGAGCUGUAUUGUCUUUUUGUUUGCUAAUAACUUGCUGGUGAUGUGUAACUUUUCAGUCCUGUUGAACAUAGGAUGAAGAAGAAAUUGAUCCUUGACGUGGACACAGGGGUGGAUGAUGCUCAGGGCAUCAUGUUGGCUCUGGCAGACCCCAAUGUGGAGAUUUUGGGGAUUACCUGCUGCCAUGGCAACACCCCCCUGGAGAACGUCCUCAAGAACACACUGCGUGUCCUGAAAGUCUGUAACCGGCUGGAUAUCCCAGUAUAUCGUGGCUGCUCUGUGCCGCUGCUGGCCCAAAAAAAAACCGCUGGAGAUUACCAUGGGAAGGACGGGCUAGGCGACGUCCCAGAUCCGGACGCUCCAGGCCUGGAGCUGCUGCAGAAGAGAAAUGCAGUGAAGGCCAUGAUCAAGAUGGUGAAAGAAAACCCUGGAGAGGUGACUCUUGUGGCCACGGCACCCCUCACUAACCUGGCUGUCGCAGUUCAGCUGGAGCCUUCCCUCCCUGAAAAACUGAAGGCGCUCUACAUCAUGGGAGGAAACAUGGAAUCCAGGGGUAACACCACAGUGUGCGGUGAGUUCAACUUCGUGGCUGACCCUGAAGCUGCCUACAUUGUGUUGGACCGCUACACCUGCCCCACCUACAUCGCCACCUGGGAGUUCAGCUGCAGGAACAGCCUGCCGUGGUCCUUCUGUGACAAAUGGCUGGACCAAAACACUGAGAAGGCUGCCUUUAUGAAAAAGAUUUCAAGCCUUUCGAUGAAGAAAGCUCAGUCAGCAGACUAUCAAAAGGAGAUCACAGAGGGAAAAGGGUUCAAUUCCUGCGACACCUACGCUGUGGCUGCUGCCAUCGAUGACAAUCUUAUAAUAGAGAGCGACGUGGUUGCAGUGACGGUGGAGCUGGAGGGGACCCACACCCGAGGCAUGAUGGUGCUGGACUACAUGGAGCUGCUGAAGAAGAAACACAAGGCCAUCGUCAUGAAGAAGGUUGACUUGAAGAGUUUUAAGAAAAAACUCAUGAAAUCAGUGGAGUAG